AUGCGCGACCGACCACGAUCACAUGUGCUCUCUUCUUCAACACCGUGCGUCCUGAUGGCGCUUACUGGGGUAAAUCAUGACGUCCUGGGCUUCGUUUCCCAAAGUAUCGCACCGACGGCUGCAGUACGGAGCGCAUGCCGUGCAUGCCUCAGAACAUGCGGGACCGCCGCCGCUGCUGAAGGACUCUCCCAUCCAGCAGCCGUACGGCACGCUGUCAAGAGGAGCCGAUUUGAUUGUGCGCUUGGCUGUGCUUCUGCGGCCACUGGAACGAGCAGGCCACUGGAGCUGUGGCUUGAUGCGAGAGGGGCAAAGGCAGACGGAGCCAUCAGCGGGUGGGCUCUCUUCCAAGACCAGGCCGAUACAGUCCUGUGCGACGACAAUACGACUGGCGAACUUAGGUCGACGUCGAAAAGGCAAGGGACCACGAGACCCUUCGCGGUUGCCUCGUCGUGCAAACGCCCCAACCCAUUGGGUGUUGCUUUGACGCUGUCCUAUAUGUUGGUGGGACGGAGUCUCGUUGUGAAGGAUGACGGGAAGCUCGUGGACGAGAAGGGCACCGUGGUGGGGGCAUCGCUGGAGGUGACGGACCCCAAGAGUCAGAGCCGAGCCCUUUCCCUCGUCGGCUCGGUCGAUUGGAUACAGGCAAGAGCACCAAUUUCGAAUUUUCUGCGGUACUGCUGA